AUGCGAUGGGGAUCGAUCACUCACGCCUCCGACCCCUAUGGGCCUCCGUUCCAUGGCAUUGUGCCAGGAAAGCAGGUGAUACCACUCGGGCAGAUCGACCUGCUCGUGACGUUCGGGGAUCCCUCCAACUUCCAGAAGGAGACAAUCACGUUCGAGGUGGUGGGCUUCAAGGGAUCCUACCACGCAAUCUUGGGACGACCAUGCUACGCAAAGUUCAUGGCGAUCCCCAACUACACCUACCUCAAGCUCAAGAUGCCGGGCCCUCGAGGCGUCAUCACCGUCGGGUUGAGUUUCCAGCGCACAUACCAGUAUGAGAGAGACAGCUGUGAGCUCGCCUCGACAGUCUUGGCAUCUGAGGAGCUCCCCCUAAUCAGGAUGGAGGCUGCUGAGGAGGCUCCCGACUCCAACCGGAAGACCGGGUCCUUUGAGCCCGCGGAGGGCAUCAAAGAGAUCCCUCUCGACCCCCAGGUGUCGGGCGAGAAAAAGCUGAGGGUCGGCACAAAGCUGACCCCCAAAUAG